UAUCAAAAGAAGCCACAAAAGUAGCACUAAGAGAGAGAGAGAGAGAGAGAGAGACACACACACACACACACACACCACCUUCUUGGGGAGCCCUGAUGCUAUUCUCCUCAUGCAAACAUUACGAAAUUGAAGAAAGCAAGAAGAAGAAGAAGAAGAAGAAGAAGAAGAAGAAGCAGCAGCAGCAGCAGCAGCAGCAGAAGAAGAAGAGCAUUGAUAGUGCAGCUUUUCUUCAUGAUCAGAAAUGGGGUUCCAGCGGCAGAAGCUGUAUUAACAGCUCAACCAGAUCCCUGAGAACAGCUCCUGAUGAGAACACCACUAGAGCUGCUUCCUACUCUUCUUGUUCCCCUGCGAACUCAGCAGCAACCAUCACUACCAGUUGUUCUUUACCUUCUUCUCUAUCCUCUCCUGGUGGUGGGUCUUUCAGAGGAAUGCAUCAUCUGAGGAAGCUCUCUGGGUGUUAUUAUGAUCAGCGCCAUGCUGUGGUUGGCCCAUUUAGUUGGGUGUCAAGAGACCCUUCUCUGAGGGCCACUGUUUCCCCUUGCCCUCACUGCGGAGAGAUUUUUAUGAAGCCUCAGAGUUUGGACACUCACCAGGCACUUACACAUGCAGUCUCAGAAUUGGGCCCUGAGGACACCAGCAGGAACAUAGUGGAGAUCAUCUUCCACUCAAGUUGGCUCAAGAAACAUGCACAGCCCCCAGUUUGCAGGAUAGACAAAGUACUCAAAAUCCACAACACCUCCAAAACCACAGCUAAAUUUGAGGACUACAGAGAAACCAUCAAAACUAAGGCCAACAAGCUGCCCAAGAUGUACCCAAGAUGUAUCGCGGACGGAAACGAACUACUAAGGUUUCACUGCACCACUAUCGCCUGCUCGUUAGGGCUCGACCGGUCGGCUGUGCUCUGCUUGAACCCAAAGUGCAAACUAUGCAGAAUCAUACGCGGCGGAUUCGCACCGGACUCGCUGGGGAGAAUAACUACAACAGCGAGCAGCGGGCGGGCGGACGAAACGGUUCGGAGAAUGUCGUCGGACGGCGAGCGGAGGGCGAUGUUGGUUUGUCGAGUGAUCGCGGGGAGAGUGAAGAAGAGCUGUGAAUAUGAUUGUCAAGAGGAAUGUGAUUCAGUGGUUAGCUCAAGAUCAUCACGUCAGAAACUGGAAUGGAAAUAUUUCUUCAUUAACCUGACGAAGGGUACAUAUGUAUAAUGAUCAAAGAACAAGUUAUAGAAUCCAUAGGUAUGAGAGCUUGUUUGGUCCUGUUAGAAUAUCUUAAAAAUUGCUGUAUAAAUUAGAGCUAUUUGAAGAAGCAGUAGUAUACCUGUACAAUUGGAGCUUCUCCUUUAUGAUCCAAAAUCUCUUUUCACUUUC